AGAGAGAGAGUUAGGGGCCAGCCAGAGUCAGACUGAGACAUACAAAAGUUUCCGUUGUGCUGCAAAGAGAAACUGGGGUCUAUAUUUGAGUAUGUUGUAGAUGAAAUCAGAGAGAGUUACGCCACAUGGGGUGAGAGAUAGUGCCUGGGCACAAGAGCAUAAAAUGUUGAGUAAGAAGGGGAGGAGAGAACAGGGCAGGAGAGGGGUUGAGAUUGUUUAGGAAGGGUGAGUGGUUAUUUGUCUCUUGUUCUGCCCUCCCUUGCUCUCUCUCUUUCAGGGUUUUCUCUUUAUACUUUCUCUUUACAAACUGAACGGGAAAGAGACUGUUUAAAAAAUGUUGGCUACUUCUGGAGAACUGACCAAGGAAAUGGAGGAUUUAUGAAGUGAGGACUAUGAAUGCAGGCUUGAAAAAACACCAUUUUUGAAAGAUUGAUUGUAAACAGUUUUUAGAGAUUGUCUGUAAACAGUUUUGAGAGAUUAUUUGUUUGCACUUUUCUGGACAAGACGUUUCCCCUCCACUCUUUCUAAACCACAGCAGUUGUCUCCAUUCCUGUUGGACUAUGGUAUAUUCUGGCGCUCUGCCCCUAUCUGGGUUACCUGAUUUCAUUGGAUUACUGAGGAACACCGGUGAAGAUAUAUUGGAUAAAGUGUGCUCUUUUCAACUCGAGCUGUCAACCAUAAAGAUACAAUGACAUCAUUUACUAAGCUGUCCAUGCCAGACAUGACAGACAUCUAGACCACUCCCUCAUUCAACUGUCACAGAUAGGGCUGCCAGACACAAACCGCCAGGCUGCACUGAACAGAUCCCACUCGGACUAACACACCACAACCAGGAAUCCCUCCUCAGGACAAUGGCCACAGGAGGGAACGGGCUAGGAUCUGACCGGAGCCUGACAUCCACCUCCCAGCCGCCCAGUGCCUCUGACCGGAGCCUGAAAUCCAACUCCCAGCCACCCAGUGCCUCUGACCGGCGGCAGGUGGACAAGGCCCUGAAGAGGCUGGAGAAGCUGCAUCGGCUGUGUACCAACCCCAGGCUGGGCCUGAGGAACAGCCCCCCGUACCUCCCCGAGGUGGUCUCAGAGACAGCCACGCUGCUCACCCAGGUGUGGGAGCCGUACAGGGGGCCUGCAGCAAGGGGGCAGUCCCCCCGGGGGGACGAGGGGGAGUACCUGAGGAUCCAUGCAAGACACCUGCUGGAUAAGACUAACCGGGCCGUGCUGCUGUUUAAAGAGGGGCGCGAUAAGAUGUUCGAGGAGAUGUCCAGCUACAGGAGAAACUUGACCAAGCUGUCCCUGCUCUUCAGUCACAUGCUCUGGGAGCUACGGGCCAUGUUUCCCGAGGGAAGCUUUCAAGGUGACACCUUUAGGCUGACUAAGACAGAGGCCGGAGAGUUCUGGAGGCGAGCAUUUGGAAACAAGUGUAUUGUGCAGUGGAGCAGUUUUAAGCAGCAUCUCCGUAGGGUCCAUGGCUUUGAAGAGGGGAUGGAGUCCAUGGCUCUAAAGUCCACUGUAGAUCUCACCUGUAACGACCACAUCUCAGUGUUCGAGUUUGACAUCUUCACCAGGCUAUUCCAGCCCUGGAGGUCUCUUCUGAGGAACUGGAACCAGUUGGCAGUGACCCACCCCGGCUACAUGGCCUUCCUCACCUACGACCAGGUCAAAGCCCGCCUCCAAAACUACCUGCACCGGCCCGGGAGCUACAUCUUCCGUCUGAGCUGCACUCGGAUGGGCCAGUGGGCCAUUGGUCAUGUGACAGGUGAUGGCGGUAUCGUACAGACGAUCCCCCAGAAUACACCUCUCUACCAGGCCCUCAUCCAGGGCUUCAGGGAAGGCUGCUAUCUUUACCCUGACGGACGUGAUGUGAACCCAGACCUCACCAGUCUGUGUGAACCAGCACAGAGAAGCAGGGUCAAAGUCACAGAGGACGAGUAUGAGAUGUACUGUGAGAUGGGUAGUACCUUCCAGCUGUGUAAGAUCUGUACAGAGAGAGACAAGGACACACGCAUCCAGCCCUGCGGACACCUGCUGUGCCAACCCUGCCUCACAGGAUGGCAGAAGUCGGAUGGACACACCUGCCCAUACUGUCGCUGUGACAUCAGAGGGACAGAGUCCAUCCUGGUGGAGCCUUACCUGUCUGUCAGCGAGGAAGAGGAAGAUGAAGAUGACCUGGAGGAUGUACAGCUAGUCAUGAAAAAACUGGCCCAUAUGAAGAGGAUGUCGUCUGAAGAGUACCAGUUCCCCAGCUCUCGCCUGGCUCCACCCCUCCCUCCCAAACACAGCACCUUCUCCCACUGCCCUUCCCCACAAGCCCCCUUACGGCCCUCCGAUAUACUGGCCAAAUACUCCCACUCUAACUCGCGUUCUGCUCACAAUGACACCCCCCCAGACAGAGCGCACACACACCACACUGCCAGCACUAACAGAUGCCUGUGGGAGGAGCUAGCUAGUAGUGAGGAGGAGAAUUCUGGGGGGUUCAGACAACCGCCCACACUCCCAAUCUCUCACAGUGAGGAUUCUGUCUCAGAGCCAAAACUCCCCCCCUGUUCCGUCUCCUCCCAGUCCUGUGGAGAGGUUGAAGUCAGAAGUUUAUAUACACCUUAGCCAAAUACAAAUAUGUUUAUUACAAAUACGUUUUUCACAAUUCCUGACAUUUAAUCCUAGUAAAGAUUCCCUGUCUUGGGUCAGUUAGGAUCACCACUUUAUUUUAAGAAUGUGAAAUGUGAAAAUAAUAGUAAAGAGAAUGAUUUAUUUCAGCUUUUAUUUAUUUCAUCACAUUCCCAUUGGGUCAGAAGUUUACAUACACUCAAUUAGUAUUUGGUAGCAUUGCCUUCAAAUGGUUUAACUUGGGACAAACAUUUCAGGUAGCCUUCCGCAAGCUCCCCGCAAUAAGUUGGUUGAAUGUUGGCUCAUUCCUCCUGACAGAGCUGGUGUAACUGAGUCAGGUUUGUAGGCCUCCUUGCUCGCACACACUUUUUUAGUGCUGCCCACAAAUUGUCUAUAGGAUUGAUGUCAGGGCCUUGUGAUGGCCACUCCAAUAACUUGACUUUGUUGUCCUUAAGCCAUUUUGCCACAACUUUGGAAGUAUGCGUUGUCCAUUUGGAAGACCCAUUUGCGACCAAGCUUUAACUUCCUGACUGAUGUCUUGAGAUGUUGCUUCAAUAUAUCCACAUCAUUUUCCGUCCUCAUGAUGUCAUCUAUUUUGUGAAGUGCACCAGUCCCUCCUGCAGCAAACCACCCCCACAACAUGAUGCUGCCACCCCCGUGCUUCACGGUUGGGAUGACGUUCUUUGGCUUGCAAGCCUCCCCCUUUUUCCUCCGAACAUAACUGCUGCUGCUCCAGUUUCAACUGUUCUGCCUUAUUAUUAUUCGACCAUGCUGGUCAUUUAUUAACAUUUGAACAUCUUGGCCAUUUUCUGUUAUAAUCUCCACCCGGCACAGCCAGAAGAGGACUGGCCACCCCACAUAGCCUGGUUCCUCUCUAGGUUUCUUCCUAGGUUUUGGCCUUUCUAGGGAGUUUUUCCUAGCCACCGUGCUUCUACACCUGCAUUGCUUGCUGUUUGGGGUUUUAUGCUGGGUUUCUUUACAGCACUUUUAGAUAUCAGCUGAUGUACGAAGGGCUAUAUAAAUACAUUUGAUUUGAUUUGAUUUGGUCAUUAUGGUCAAACAGUUCUAUUUUUGUUUCAUCAGACCAGCGGACAUUUCUCCAAAAAGUACAAACCUUUGUAUUUUGGUACAAACCAAAGUACAUUCAUCUCUAGGAGACAGAACACUUCUCCUUCCUGAGCGGUAUGACGGCUGCGUGGUCCCAUGGUGUUUAUACUUGCGUACUAUUGUUUGUACAGAUGAACGUGGUACCUUCAGGCGUUUGGAAAUUGCUCCCAAGGAUGAACCAGACCUGUGGAGUUCAACAAUUUUUUUGCUGAGGUCUUGGCUGAUUUCUUUAGAUUUUCCCACAAUGACAAGCAAAGAGGCUCUGAGUUUGAAGGUAGGCCUUGAAAUACAUCCACAGAUACACCUCCAAUUGACUCAAAUGAUGUCAAUGAGCCUAUCAGAAGCUUCUAAAGCCAUGACAUACUUUUCUGGAAUUGUCCAAGCUGUUUAAAGGCAGAGUCAACUUAGUGUAUGUAAACUUCUGACCCACUGGAAUUUAGAUACCAUGAAUUGUAAUUUCAAUUAUCUGUAUGUAAACAAUUGUUGGAAAAAUUACUUGUGUCAUGCACAAAGUAGACUAACUGACUUGCCAAAACAAUAGUUUGUUAACAAGACAUUUGUGGAGUGGUUGAAAAAGGAGUUUUAAUAACUCCAACCUUAGUGUAUGUAAACUUCCGACUUCAACUGUAUAUAUUCCUAUCUAACAUUUAUCUUGAAGGUGGAGCAGCCUGGUUAGGGGCCUCAGAUUAAGUGAAACAGAAGAAGAGAUACAAAUAAAGGAGUGAAAGGAUGUCAGAGCUCGGGAACAGCCAGAGAGAGCGGGAGAGAACCAUGUCCUCCUGACGCUGGGAGAAAAGAUAAGCACAACAUCUCUGUCUCAAGAAUGGAUGGAUAAUUGGAAUAAGAAAGGUCGAUUUCCACUGUUCCUGAUAAACAGCCAUUGUUAAUCUUA